GACCUGUAGUCCAAAUUCUCAGGCACUGUACUUCGUCUGUGUGUAUAUAUAUCAGGUCCAGACCAAAAUACAUCACUUGUAAUUGAUCAACUCUCUCUCUCUCUCUCUCUCUCUCUGUUACACCACCAUAUUUUCAGUACCAAAAUGUUUGUGUUUCUUUGCAUUUUUUUCUUCCUUAUCUCAUCUACUACUGCUUGUGAUCGCUGCGUGCACCAAUCCAAGGCUGCAUAUUUCUCUAAAUCCUCAGCACUUUAUUCUGGAGCUUGUGGGUAUGGUUCAUUGGCAAUAGGGUUUAAUGGUGGACACCUUGCAGCUGCUGUUCCUACUCUGUAUAAAGAUGGAGCUGGUUGCGGUGCUUGUUUUAAGUUAAGAUGCAAAGACAGUAGCCUUUGUAGCAGCAAAGGCACAACAGUGAUGGUGACUGAUCUGAAUCAAAACAACAACACAGAUUUUGUUCUUAGUGGCAGAGCUUUCAUGGCAAUGGCCAACAAUGGUAUGGGCAAAGAUCUCUUGAAACAUGGGAUUGUUGACAUCGAAUACAAAAGGGUGCCUUGUGAAUUUAAAAACAAAAAUUUAGCUGUGCGAGUAGAAGAAUCAAGUCAAUACCCAAAUUAUUUGGCCAUCAAAUUAUUAUAUCAAGGUGGACAGACAGAAGUAGUAGCAAUUGAUGUUGCUAAGGUGGGUUCAUCAAAUUGGGGUUACAUGAGCCGAAAUUACGGGGCGGUGUGGGACACGAGUAGGGUUCCGGCGGGGGCAUUGCAGUUCCGAUUUGUGGUAACGGCGGGAUAUGAUGGGAAAUGGAUUUGGGCACAAAAUGUUCUUCCUGCAGAUUGGAAGGUUGGGACUGUAUAUGACUCAGGUGUCCAAAUUACUGAUAUUGCACAAGAAGGUUGCUCCCCAUGUGAUGAUGGGUCUUGGAAAUAAACCAAUUCCUACACACUAAUAAUAAGUUAUUUAUUUUUGACAAGAAUAUAACACACACAAAAACAUAUAUAUGUAGAAAUUCCUACGUUUGAAUUUUCUUAUACUGAUUAAUGUUGUCUAACAUAUUUCUUUUCAUAUUAUAGUAAAUAAAAUUCUACCUCUUUUACUCUGUA